AUGGAAGCAGAUGGAUUUGUGAGGAGGCGUCGGAUGACAGCGGAGACCACAGGCAAUGAUCCCGGGGUUGCAGGAGCGUCUGCGGGGGCAGAAGUUCGUUGGCUUGGUGGCAGAUUCUGGGGAGUUUCUGAAAGUAUCGUGGGAAGUCUGACACCUCGUAUUGGAGGGGAAACAGAACUGCAAAAUGUUAACUGUAUCUGUAGUGCUCCGGACGCACAAACAGAGGACUCUGAACCGGACUACGAAGGCUUGCCACAGGGAGCUUCCACCAGCACCCACAUGUUGGCUGGAGCCGUGGCUGGAAUCAUGGAGCACUGCCUCAUGUUCCCUAUCGACUGCGUUAAGACACGAAUGCAGAGCCUCCAGCCCGACCCCGCUGCCCGCUACAGGAAUGUGAUGGAUGCUCUCCGCCGAAUCAUUGCCACAGAGGGAGUCUGGCGCCCGUUGAGAGGCUUAAAUGCAACUGCAAUUGGGGCAGGACCUGCUCAUGCGCUCUACUUUGCCAGCUAUGAGAAACUCAAAAAGACUCUAAGUGAUGUGAUUCAUCCAGGGGCAAACAGUCAUUUGGCUAAUGGGGCAGCUGGUUGCGUGGCCACGUUUCUUCACGAUGCAGCCAUGAACCCAGCCGAAGUGGUGAAGCAGCGCAUGCAGAUGUAUAACUCGCCCUACGUGCGCGUGUUGGACUGUGUACGCGCCAUCUGGCAGAAAGAGGGCCCGGCCGCGUUCUACCGCAGCUACACCACGCAGCUCACCAUGAACGUGCCCUUCCAGGCGCUCCACUUCAUGACCUACGAGUACCUCCAGGAGCUGCUCAACCCCCACAGACAGUACAACCCCUCGUCCCACAUGCUGUCCGGAGCCCUGGCCGGGGCCGUGGCGGCAGCCGCCACCACCCCCCUGGACGUCUGCAAGACCCUGCUCAACACCCAGGAGUCCGUAGCCGUCGGCUCCCCCGGGCAAAGCCAAGGAGCCCAUAGACGAAUCUCAGGCUUGUCCCACGCCUUCCGGACGGUUUACAGGCUGGGCGGCCUGCAGGGCUUCUUCAAGGGGGUUCAAGCGAGGGUCAUCUAUCAGAUGCCCUCCACAGCCAUCAGCUGGUCGGUCUACGAGUUCUUCAAGUAUGGACUAACCAAGCACCAGCAUGACAAGAGGAGAGCGCAGCACUCGGAGGCUGAGUCGUAG